AUGACUACCGACUCGCUCAAGGAGAACCGACUCUUUAUCAAUGGCGAAUUCGUCCCUUCGUUCUCCGGCAAAACGUUUGAUAUAAUCAACCCCACGACUGAGAAGGUCAUAGCCGCCGUCCAGGAAGCCGAUGUUGGAGAUGUCGACCGUGCUGUGGAAGCGGCCAAAGCUGCCUUUCCAGCAUGGUCAGCUCUCUCAGCUCAGGCAAGAUGCGAUUAUUUGUCCAAACUGGCGGAUGAGAUUGAGAAAAAUGAGGAGCUAUUCAUUCAUGUAGAGGCUGUUACCAUGGGAAUGCCACCGUCCGGAAUGAAAUUUGUUUUAGCCACUUCAAAGCAAUACCUCAAGUACUUUGCCAGCCAUGCGAUGGAUAUUACUGGAGAGACAUCUCUCAAUACUCCUGGCUACCUCAACCUGUCCAUCCGUCAGCCGUACGGCGUGUGCGGAGGCAUCAUCCCUUGGAACGCUCCUUUGCUUAUGCUUGUCACCAAAAUUGGACCAGCCUUGGCAGCCGGAAAUACCAUGGUGCUCAAGUCGUCGGAGAAAUCCCCUUUCGCAUCUAUAAUCUUCGCUUCGUUGUGCCAGACAGUCGGUCUCCCUAAAGGUGUACUCAACAUCCUGAGUGGAUUCGGUCAACCUUGCGGUGAGGCUCUUGCCAAGCACAUGGAUAUUAGAAGGAUUUCAUUUACUGGAUCCGUCGCCACUGGUAGAGCCAUUCAGAAAGCUUCCAGUGAGUCCAAUUUGAAGGACAUCAGCUUGGAGCUUGGCGGUAAAAGUCCUUUGCUUGUGUUCGACGACGCACCUCUCGAGAAGGCAGUCAUGUCCGCUACCUUCUCCAUUCUGUACAAUUCAGGCCAGGUCUGCAUGGCUAGUACUAGGAUCUACGUACAGGAAGGCAUUGCCCCCAGGUUCAUUGAAGCUCUUAAACAAGCAAUGGCCGAAAUGGGCGUGCCGGGCGAUCCUACACUUGCCGAUACCAAGCGAGGGCCCCAAGUCGACAAACUGCAGUUCAGUCGGGUAUUGUCCUAUCUCGACCACGCAAAAGAGCAGGGCUUCGAGAUCAUCCUUGGCGGAAAUAAGGCUCGUGACAAGGGCUACUUUGUGGAUGCGACUAUUGUUCGGAAUGUACCGGAAGACGAUAAGUUGGUCAGGGAGGAAAUCUUUGGUCCUUUGCUUGUGGUCAACACCUUUACAGGCGAGGAGGAGGUCUUGAAGAGGGCCAAUGAUACCGAGUUUGGUUUGUACUCGAGUGUUUUUACAAGCGAUAUUUCACGAGCUGUGAGAGUUGCCAAAGCGCUGGAAGCUGGUGCAGUUGGAGUUAACUGUACAAGUCCCUUCAUGGUUGUUGAUCUGCCGAUGGGUGGAUGGAAGCAAAGUGGUGCGGGAGGAAGGGAGUUUAGCAAGGCCUGCUUGGACACAUGGACUCAGCUGAAGAGCGUAUUUAUUUCUUUGUAG